AUUUUUAGAACAAUUAUGCCCAGACCAGUCUUCCUUUCUGUCAAAUACAGUAGUUCAGCUUCAAAGUAUUUCAAACGCGGGGCUCAUUUAAACUGGCCGGAAGGCGCUCUGUCGAGGGAGAGUAUCAGGGCUGUUAGAAAACUGGACAGACUCAAGGAUUUAGUUUCUCGGUAUUUGGAAUACUCCAGAUCUUCAUUAACGGAUCUAUUGUAUGGGCUGCUGAGGUUUGAGCCAACAGAGCGGCUUACUGCUCGGGAAGCCCUGGACCAUCCAUUUUUCAAGGAUCAAACGUAGUAGAUGAAUAUUGUCUUGGAAGGAAAGCUCGCUAUAGGAUUGAUUGUAUCAUAUGCAUGCAUAUAUGCCUAUGUGCCAGGUAAUAUAGGCUGGGCUGAUCACAUUUUGCAAUGAAAGUUUAACUGACAUUGUAAUUUAAUUGCAUUUUGGUUGGAAAAUUAGUGUUUUGAAUCAGGGGAUUUAGGGGCAUUUAUCUGAUCAAUUGUAGUUCAGGAACAGUUCACAUAUUAACAAUCAAUAAUAAGUUUUAUGAGGUUUUUUUUAUCAAA